UUUAUAGAGAGAUGGAAAAUUCUAAGACCCGAAUUGUAUCAGUGGCAUUGUGCAACAAAGCAAGCGAAAAAGUGGGUAAUGAGUGGUACAAGUAUCAUUGAUGAGUACAAAAAAGCACAAGAAAUAUGGAAGCAAGAAAUGUCAAGAAUAAAGGGAAAGACACAUAAAAGCGAUUUCAAUAGUUUUGCUUGCUAUGCCUCUGUGGAAGAUUUUCAAGCAUUUCAGGACAUUCCUAGCCACAUCGAGAGGCAUGAGGCAACAUCAACGGGAGGACAUGAAGGGAUGACUACACAAUCAAGUGAGCAUGAUUCUCCUAUCAACUUGGCCCAAGAUGUUGAUGAGGUACCUCCCAAUCUAAAUGUGAGGCCUAUUGGAAGGAAGACUGCAAAAGAAGCUAACUGAAAAGGGUAGAAGGCGGCCAAAGAUGAAUGCCCUAUGACAUCCGCUGUUGUCACGAUUACA